AUGUCACAGAAGUUUGAUGUCAAGACAGUUAUCAGUGGAAUUAAGCCACGUCGUGCCAUUCUUUAUGCUCCAUCCAUGGAAAUGAAGAAAUUGGAGAAGGCUGCUUUGUUAAAAGAACUUGAUACAGUUUGUUUUGAUCUUGAAGAUGGAGUUCCAGCAACAUUAAAAUCUGCAGCUCGUAAGAAUAUCCUUGAGUAUCUCAACAAGGAUUCAAAAGUCAUUCCAGAACUCGCAAUCCGUAUUAACUCUGUUGAUUCCGAGGAUUCUGCUUUCGAUUUAAACGAAAUCAUGCUUAAUCCAGUAGCUUCAAAGCGUAUACAAACAGUUAUAAUUCCAAAAGUUGAAGAUCCAGAAGAAGUUCGCUAUGUUUCUAGGUGGCUUCGCUUGAACAAAGCAACUCAUGCAAAGAUUCUUGCUAUGAUUGAAACUCCACUUGGAUUAACUCGUGUUAGCGAGAUUUGCAAAUCAUCUCCAAGAGUUGAUGGUGUCAUCUUUGGCGCCGAAGACUACCGUUCAGCAGCUGGUAUCCAGCGUGGCUCUAUUGAACCAGUACAAUAUGCCCGCUCUGCAAUUGUCGCUGCCGCACGUGCAGCACACAUCCAAGCAAUCGAUAUGACAUCUACAAACUUCAAAGACGCCGAAGUUGUUGCCAAAGAGGCUUUAAGCACACGUGCUUAUGGUUUCACUGGUAAACAAGUCAUUCAUCCAAUGCAAAUUAAGGCAGUGAACAAAGCCUUCACACCAGAUGAAAAAGAAGUCAAAGCAUGCAAAGACCUUAUCACUAAGUUCGUCAUCACUACUUACAUUGACGGAAAGGGCGUUUUUGGCAGUGAUGGCAACAUGAUUGAACUUCCUCAUAUUGCUGAUGCCUGCAGAAGGCUUAUGCUUGCUGGAUUGUCCGUUGAUGCAAUCCAAGCUAUUGCUGAUGCUCCUCUUAAGAAAUAA